CAGCCCUGUCCCAGGUGAAAUAAAGAGACACAGCUGGCUGGAAAGUUUCAUUCAGGGCAAGUCAGAGACGCUGAAAGGAUCGGACCCAGCCGUCCGGCUGCUGUUACGCUUGCCCAUCCUGACCCAGCGGCUGCCCGUCGAAGGGACCGGCCGAGAUGAAAACCCCCCUCACUUUCCUGCUGCUGCUGCUGGGGUUGGUGCAGCCUCCCCCUGUGGUGAUGGCAGAAGACUCCCUGCUGUAUCCCUAUGGACCUGCCCAGGGCGACCGGCAGAACCCCAAAGUUGACGAUGGGUCAUCACCGGAGAUCCCCAUCUCCAUGACCUUCACCUUCUAUGGCAAGGAGCACCAUUCCCUCUAUGUGAACAACAAUGGCGUGGUGUCCUUCGGCGUGGCCGUCUCCCAGUACACCCCCAACCCCUUCCCCUUGGCUGAUGGCCGCCCCUUUGUGGCCCCCUACUGGGGUGAUGUGAACAACAAACUGCGUGGGGAAGUCUAUUACCGGGAGACCCAGGACCCCGAGCUGCUGCACCGCCUCACCGGAGACAUCAACCAGUACUUCCCGGCGAUCCCCUUCACUGCCGCGUGGGCCUUCGUGGCCACCUGGGACCGUGUGGCCUACUACGGCUCCACCUCCCAGAAGGUGAACACAUUCCAGGCCGUGCUGGCAAACAGCGGCAAAGUCACCUUCAUCAUGCUGAACUAUGGCACAAUCCAGUGGACCACGGGCACAGCGAGUGGCGGAGACGCCAGCACCGGCCUAGGGGGCACUCCCGCCCAGGCUGGCUUCAACAGCGGCGAUGACAAAAACUUCUACAACAUCCCGGGCUCCCGCACCGCCGCCAUCCUCCGCAUUGGGCAGACGAGCAACGUCGGGGUUCCGGGCCGCUGGGUCUUCCAGGUGGAUGAUUUCAAGGUGACGGGGGUCCCCACCGAGAGCAGCGACUGUUCGCUGUAAGUGGCACCAGCUCUAGAGUCACACGCCCAGUUUGCAAACCUCAGAUCUCUGCCCCCCAGCCCUGCCUGAGCCCCCUUUCCAGGCACAUCCCCGCUGGGGCACUGCAGCCAGUCUCCCUGCUCACGCCAACCCUGUGUCCUUUGUCCAGAUGAAUCCAGGCCUGGCUCAGAGGGGUCCUGCUGGACGCCGGCCGACCUGUCCCAGCUGCUGGAAGGAUCCAGGAUGCUGCCCCGACUGGCAGGGUGCCCCCUGUAGCAAUAAAGCAUCAUCUGUGAA